AUGAAGAAAAGAGAUCCAGCAUUCCUCGAUCCUCGUGAGACCUUCGAACAUUACGAAAAUCGAAGUCGACCCACUUCAUCGCAGUCUUUUGAGCCAUCAGGAUCUCGUGGUGUGUUGGCAUGCGAGUAUCGUGCUGCUCCGCCGCCAGGACAUCGUGAAGUGUUGGCGUGCGAAUAUCGGGCCUCACCUACAGGUCCCCACGAAGUGCUUGGAUGUCAGUAUCGUGCUGAGCCACCAGAUGUACGAUACCAUCAGGAAGCACCAGCCAGAUAUCAGCCUUCUCCGGAAAGCACAAAGAUAACCACAUAUUUGCCAGAGUCGAACAAAAGAAAAAUUCCUUUGGGUGUUAUACUCAGCGUCGCCCUUGGUGUUCCUGUGGUUCUAGUCGUCUGCCUGUUUGGUGCUGUUUGGUUACAAGAAUUGGGCAUUCUGUAG